GACGUAAUCUGGGAAGCAAUUGGUUUCCAGCCAGGGAUCAGCCUGCUGUUACUUAUGUAGUCAUCUUGGAAGUUGUCCCGCUGUCGAGACCUUUUAUUUCUGUGACUUCAACAACAACAAUAGUUGAGCAACUUUCUACGUCUUUUUUAGGUUAAACAUCGCAGAGAGAAAAUGUCUUUCGUCCCGGGACAGCCGGUGACUGCUGUUGUGCAACGAAUUGAGAUCAACAAAUUGCGGCAGGGGGAUAAUUUGAUCCUGGGCUUCAGCAUCGGAGGAGGGAUAGACCAGGACCCUGGACAGAACCCCUUCUCUGAGGACAAGACUGACAAAGGCAUCUAUGUGACCAGGAUAACACCCAAAGGACCAGCAGACGCGGCAGGCCUGAGGAUGGGAGACAAAAUAAUGCAGGUGAACGGCUGGGACAUGACCAUGGUGACCCACGACCAGGCCCGUAAAAGACUAACAAAGAAGAAAGAGGAUGUGGUGCGGCUACUGGUAACCAGAAAGUCGUUGGAGGAUGCCGUCAAACACUCAAAGGGCAGUUACCCCAGACAGAGUUGUAAUGACACUACUUACAGCCACAAAGUAAUGCAGUAGCCAAGGACCCGACACUACUAUAUGCUGACACCCCCACAAAUUCAGAUGAUGGUGUGACCAUGGCCUUAUGUUAAUGCAAAAAUAUCACACAUAGGUGACGUAUGAGUCUGAGUCUGCAGCUCAGUCUGAACAGUCACUGGACAAUGAGAGGGUGAUCUUUCUUUCCACACACACUCAAACUCAUCUCAUAUUAUCAGCUUUAUUUUCUCUUUAUCUUUGUAGCAUAUUCGUCUGAGAUGAACCUGGUGAAACUGAUUUUCAGUAAUGAGUCUUUAGAUCCACUUUUGGCUUUCGAACUUUUUCAUAAAGAGAAGUGCUCCAGAACUCGCGUGAUCACAUGAUUUUUGCCCAUGUUUAAAAUGUUGCUGUAUGAACAGAAUUGCUUAGGUUAAAACAGAUGAACUGUUGUGCAGAUAAUCAUAAUUGUUACUAAAGUUACUGUUCACUUGUUUUGAUUUUUGAACGACAGCGAGUUGAAUUUAGUUUUUUGAAGACCUUUCGUAAAGCAAUACUAUACCAUAUCUUUCUACUGCACAUCAGUUUUAAAGGUCCAGUGUGUAGAAUUUAGAGGGAUGUAUCGGCAGAAAUGAAAUAUAAUAAAAUAAGCAUAUUUCCUUUAGUGUGUAAUCGCUUGAAAAUAACAAUUUUUGUGUUUUCGUUACCGUAGAAUGAGCUGUUUUUAUCUAUAUUGGGAGUGUCCUCGACCACAAUGUUAGCCAUGUUGCAACACCAUGUUUCUACAGUAGCCCAGAACGGACAAACACUGGCUCUAGAAACUGCUGUAUUCAGUGUUUAAGCCUUUUUAAAUCACCAGGUCCAUUUGUUUUGGCAAGAACAACCUCUGUGGAUAAUUCGGCUUGCGGUAAAAACCUCCUGAACGUUAGCAGCCGUCUGCGACAUGCCGGACAGCAUUGACGAAACACUGAUUUGUAUUGUGAGACUUCUUUAUUCUGUUUUUACCGGUUUAAUAACCUGGUUAGUUUGUUUCAGAGAGGAAGAGACCUCUGUGGAUAAUUUGUCUCCCAGUUAAAGCCUCCUGAACAAUGAACACUGAACAAAUUCUAACUGGGAGCAGUUUCAGCUGGUUGCAAUCUGCAGUCGUCACUGCGAGAUAACACUAAAUCCUUCUACAUCUUACACACUAGUUAUUUCAAUCCAUUUUAGCAAUAUGCUCUUGAUUCAUCCCCACUUUGGAGAUAUUUGCCAAAUAUCCACAAUCCAAGCUUGAUACGAGUUUUUUGGGAGCAAUCAUAGUCUUUGAUCCUUUUGUCUACAGCUGACCAAAGUUGGUCUUGAUGGUUUGGAUACAUCAAGAAUGUUCAUUGGUGUUCAUUGUAUCAUUAAUGAUCAGCGUUUCAAUGUUUUGCUUUCAUUCCCGUCAAGAUGCAGCAUCCAAAGCCAAAGUAAAGCCAAGGCGCUGUAAAGUGAUCAAAACAGCAGUGUUUGUAGUCAUUUUCUUUUUUAUAAUGGUACAGUCCACUGUAAAAAGUCUGUACAACAAAGCAUAUACCUGUAUGCACAGUGUUUUCAUGCAUACUCAUGUCUUUACACCAGUUAAUCUUUGUGUUUUUAUUUAUCUUACCUUUUGUUGAUAUCCAUCACGUGUGGGAAAGUAACAUCUUCUCUCUUUCUGCGUCUGCUAAAGUAACAAGCAGGUUCAAAAUUUUGUGUCAUACAAACAACACUCCACUAGCUGGACCUACUUUUGGAAAACACCUAUUAUUUUUCAAUGUUUUCUCUAUUAAAUCACCGUCUAACGGGUUCAGCUAGUGAAAGUUGAUCAUUUGUUAUUUUGAUAGAAGUAAACCCACUAGUUUCACACUGGAGUCAGCCACAUCCAGAAAACUGUCUCAAGCUGUAUAUUGUUGUUUAUUGUCAAUGACCAAAAGUCCAAGUUGAAACUAUAAACCUGAACCAAGCAGGAGUGAUUGUUUUUUUUACGUGCACAGCAGCCUUAAAUGAACACUUAGUACCACUACAUUUAAUGAUGCCUAUUUGUUUCCGUUUGCUGCAACACAACAAUGAUUUACUGCCUCUGAUACACUACGUGCUGCAAUAAAAUCACAGAUGACUGAUUUAAUACUAAUCAUAAACAAUGUUUUGGCUUUGAUUUCUUACAGUACUGAAAGAAUAAUACAAUACUAAUCUUAUGUCCUUGAGUGAUCUUUUGACUCUUUUUUUGUUAUGCUAGUGGUUUAUACAAUAAUAUAUUUUGUAUGUGUUUAAUACAACCAUUUGAUUUGUUUGAUAUUAAUAACCUUAUCUGAUAAUCAAGUGUGUGAAAUGAAAGGUUUUAUUCCAAAAUGAAAUCCCCCUCCAAAAAGCUGGUAUAAUGCAAUAGUAAGUCAACAUUAUGCUGAUGACACUUAAUUUUAAAGGUGCAGUCUGCAUAAAAGAUGCUUCAUAAUGUGUCCUGACGAGUUGAAAUAUUAAAUUGGUGGAGUCAGUUUAACACUUUUGCAAUAAACCAUUUUGGAAUGAAACCCUUUGAUACAUUUAUGCACUGUUUCCUAACCUUUUAGGCUGAAUUGAUAUCUACUUAUUAGCUCUUAUCACAGAUUGUGGCCUCAGUAUUCACAUAAAUUAUGGAAAGUGUAGUCAAUUUUUUUUUUCUUCUCAGAUCAUGGCAUUUAAAAAUUGAUGUAUGUUAGUCUGGGGAAAGACAGUUGAUUGUUGAGUGUCAUUCCCUGGUGGUUUGGUCCAACUACCAACCCAAAUCAUCGGUAAAGCCCCGUUUCCACCAAACACUUUCGGUAUGGUACCUUUGGAACCAAAAGUAACCCUUCAGAGUUGGUACCUAGACCCUAGGGUUUCCACCGCAAACAGCACUCUUAAAUAUGGGCGGGGUUGUUGUCACUCACUGCUCAUGCAGCAUUCGCUGUAUUUCCUGGCUCCUCAACUGUGAUCAAGAAGUCUGCACCUUGUUUAUCGUCUACAGAACGAGGCUGCACGCCAACAUUGUCAGAACAUAAUAAAACAGGCUGCAGUGAGUUUCUCACUGCUAUUUAAAAAUAGCUGGUUUGUGCAUAUUGUCCUUCUAAGGCAAGCUCGGGAGGUUAGUGUUGCUGGAGCUCACAGGAACAAGGCUCCACAAGGCUUUUUUUUCCUGCGAGUGAGGAUUGGAAUAUAUGCAGUUCACAUUAUACGGUCGAAAUUAAUGUAUAUUUUUAAACGCUUGACGAUCCACUCAUGACUAAAAGUCUGUGGUACCCAAGAAUGAAAAUAAAAACUAAAGUAAGUUCAAAGUUGUCACAGUGAAAUUUAAGGUGUGCUGAUGGAUUCACGCCGUCAACUCAUGCAUUGAGUAACAUUACAAGUUAACGUUCCACCUUAAAAGUCGCCGGCAGCCGGCCCAGUGAAGUAAAUUAUUUUUUCUCAGUCUACAGCUGCUGCAAGAGGCAGCAAAUCAUCCUCUCAUUUUAUAGUUAACUAAUGUAUGUAAAACUCUCCACAGUAUGAACAGUGGUGACAUGAGCCUCAAAACCAGCCACAACUCAUCCCUGAGCAGAGUGAAUGUCCUCUAUUGACCAAUCAACGGACUGCAGUGUUCACAGCUCCACCUUUUAGUACCAGAUCUGUGUGCUAGGUACCCCAACAGAGGGGGGACCAAAAAUUUGGACAGCACAGAACGGUUCCAUUGGUAACAUCCACAACUUUUCACAGUGGAAACGGAAAAAAAGCGUACUGAACUAAACUGUACUUUACCGCUCGGUCGGAAAGUUUCUAGUAUUUCACGGGAAACAAGCAAACAUUUGAGAAAAGCUGGGGAAGAAAACAGAAGUUAAGGGGUUUUUUUGACAUUCAUUUAUCAUCUUAGGACUCGUGGGGUUUCCUGAUCCCCAUUUUGGGAACACUUGCUUUCCAGAAUUUCCACACAGUGGUCCAUUUACAUAUGAGUGUAAUGUAAGACAAAUCACCUUCAGUAUUUCCUGUAUGAAUCAUGUCAGAUUUUGUACACAGCCUGUAGAGCACAAAGGUUUUGCAUUUGAUUGUAUACUUUUUACUAUAUGAAUGUUUCUCAUAUAUAAAGUGACUGAAAAUGAAA